CCUCUUCAUCUCCCUCCACCCCCACCUAGCUCCCCCCACCCUCUCCACACCUAGGAAACAAGAGAGAGAGAGAGAGAGAGAGAGAGAGAUAGAGAUUAUGGGUAACUACAAGUUCAAAUUAUCAGAUAUGAUACCCAAUGCUUGGUUCUACAAGCUCAAAGACAUGGGAAACAUAGGCAAAAGCAGAAGCAAAAGCAGAAGCAGAAGCAAAAGCCAAAGCCAAAGCCAAAUCCAAAGCAUCAACAUAAACUCUCCUAGAAGAAGCCACCACCACCACCACCACCACCACCACUCAAGAAGAGCUUCUCCACUGAGCACCCCAAAGCCGCCAUUAUUCUCCCCACCACCCCAAAAAGCACUUCUCCCUAAAAGAGCUUCCUUCUACAUCUCCUCCCCCACCAAAAAGAACCUCCUCCUCACCACCACCACCUCCCCCUCUCCCUCCCCCUCCUCUACAAGCCCACCAACCCCACCAAGGAGAUCCAAGAAGAAGAGCAGGGUCCGGCCCAUAAGGCCCAAGAAGCCCACCAAGGCCGCCGCCGCUUCUCCGGCUUCCUCCGCCUGCACCUGCCGCCGCGUCUGGGAACCCGACACCCUCUCCGAUCUCUCCUCGCCUUCCCCGAAAAGCCCUUUUCACCUCCGCAACGUCUACGUCGACGACGCCGCAAAAGAAUUCGAAGACGAAGAAGCCGACGACGACGACGAAGGAGAAGAAGCCCAUGAAAGGCCCAUUAACGCCCACCAAGAAUACAAUCACGGGCUCCGUAAUUACUGCACCGUGACCUCCUCUGCCACCGACAUUAUAAUCGACGUUAGCAACAGCAGUCGCAGCGUGAGCAGUACCAGCACUAAACUCGGCGCCGACUUCAACGAUUUGGAGCUCCCCCCCAUAAUAACGAAGUCGGCAGACACGUGUCAGCCCGAGGACGAGCGCUUCGGGGACGCGGCGGAGCGGCGGCGGCGGAGCCCCUCCAACGUGAGCAAUUAUGCGGGGCUCCAGCGGCUUCGCGCGCGCGCGAACACCCCCCGCCUCUCCGGCGCGAAAAUCAAAGCACGGGUGUCGACGGCCCCGACCCCGACGAAGAGGGCUCUUAAUAAGGAGAGACUCUCGGGCACGAGCACCGUACGAAAUAUCUGUUAUAGAGAAGGCACUGUUGCGCAGAAGAGCUUAGGAGGCAGCUUUGUGGUGGUGAAGUCGUCGAUGGAUCCGCAAAGGGACUUUAAGGAGUCGAUGGUCGAGAUGAUUGUGGAGAACAAGUUGAGAAACUCCAAGGAUUUGGAGGAUUUGCUCGCGUGCUACUUGUCGCUAAAUUCGGAUGAGUACCAUGAUUUGAUUGUUAAGGCCUUUGAGCAAAUUUGGUUUGAUCUUAAUUGUAGGUAAUUAGAUUGUUGUAAAGUAAAAACAAAAAAAAACAAAAAAAAUGAGAGAGUAAAAUUAAUAAUUAAUCAUGUGAGUUAAUUCCAUGAUUAUGUAACUUGAUAUAGUUGAUAAAGUUUUGAAUAGUUAUAAUCA